UACAAGUUGAUUGGUCCCUCGCGGUCCGAUACCGCAGUUAACUUUUCCUAUUUUCCCGAUUAGCCAGCAUCGUUUGUUUAGUUCAAUCGCAGGUCGGAGGAAUGGCAGACGGCUUUAGCGGCGUGUUGCGAAUUACAGAUUUAAAUGACUUUAUCGGACCCUCUCAGGAAUGCAUCAAGCCGGUGACGGUAGAGAGACGUCCCGGAAAACUUGGGUCUAUCAAAAUCGGGGACGAUGGCUCCUACCUCCAAGUUGACGAGUCCGGGCAGACUUCCAAACUGGAGAAGGCGCAGAUAACGCUCACGGACUGCCUGGCAUGCAGUGGCUGCGUGACUUCGGCGGAAACCGUGCUGAUCACCCAGCAGAGCGCCGAGCAGCUUUACAACGUGCUCAAGGAAAACGCAGAACUGCCUGAAGAAAAACGCAAGCUCAUCGUCAUCACCGUAGCUCCUCAGGUGGCUGCCUCAUUUGCUGGGAAGUAUGGCGUCGGCUACGAGCAUGCUUCAGCAAGGCUGACUGGCUUUUUCAAGACAUUGGGGGCCCACUAUGUUUUGGACUCCACAUUUGGCCGGGAGUUUGCCCUCAUCGAGGUGCUACGAGACUUCCUCGAGCGGUGGGCGCGGAGGGACAGCGAUCGAACUGCCCUCCCUCUUUUGGCAUCGUCAUGCCCAGGAUUCGUCUGUUAUGCGGAGAAGACUCAUGGUGACGUAUUGCUGCCGCACAUCAGCCGAGCCCGUUCGCCACAGCAGGUCAUGGGGUCAUUGGUCAAGAAGUUUCUGGCCGGUAGACUGGGCAAAAAGCCUGACCAGAUUUACCACGUCAGUGUGAUGCCCUGCUACGACAAGAAGCUAGAAGCAUCACGAACAGACUUCUACGACGAAAUAUACAACACCAGAGAUGUGGACUGUGUCAUCACAUCUGUUGAAGUUGAAUCCAUGCUGGUGAAAGAGGGCAGGUCUUUUGGUGAAUUGCCCUCGGCUGCAUCAGAUUCGCUGUUCCGUUGUGAAGUUGGCGGCCGUCCCUAUAGGCACCCAGGAUCUGGAUCCGGUGGCUACUGCGAGUACGUCUUUGUGGAGGCAGCGAGGCUACUCUUUCACAGCAGGCCUGAAGAGGUUGCCUUCAAGACCCUCAGGAACCAGGACUUCCGAGAAGUGACCCUGGAGGUUGGCGGGGAGACUGUGUUGCGCUUUGCCAUCGCCAAUGGUUUCCGCAACAUCCAGAAUGUGGUGCAGAAGAUGAAGCGGGCAAAGUGUCCGUACCACUUCAUCGAGAUCAUGGCCUGUCCUGCUGGGUGCCUCAAUGGAGGAGCGCAGUUGCGACCAGAUGAUGGUGACUCAAAGGCUCUGUUGAGGCGUGUCGAAGACGCUUACAAUGCGGUCCAGUGUCAGCCACCUGGCAUCAACAGGGCCAUGCUGGACGUGUACCAAGACUGGCUCGGCCUUGAGGACCCACUCAACGGAAUUUGCAGUAGUGGUGAUGCAGCGCUGUUGAGAACUACUUAUCGCGCCUUGGAGAAGACGACAAGUGCACUCAACAUUCGGUGGUGACGACGCUGUCGUUCUCUGUGUGGCGGCAUGGGUGUGAUCGAGUGUGUUGUGUAUGAACAUCAUGUGAGACUGAUUAUGAGGUGAACUUUGUUCUUAAGGCAGUACUUGUCGGAGUCUAAAUGUGUUAUAGGAUUUACACUUGUGAGCUAAAUGAGAGGGAACAAUUAAGUAAUAUUCAAAUAACAAUUACAGUCGGCUUCCGUUAAUUCGACCCUGACUGCUGGUGGAAUUAAACAAGAUGCAGAAAAACGGCAAAACACACUGCUGAUUCAUUUGGCAGUAUUUGGCUGAUUCUAACAUGCCCCCGAAUAAAACGCCCACCCUCUUUCUUAUGUGUCCAAAGUAGAAAACUAACAGAGAAAUGACAUUAAAGCUUCUAAACAAAGUAAAAAUCUAACAUGCACCCGAUUUUUUUAGCAAGAAAAAUUGUUGUAUAGUGGCAGCCGGUUUUCUAAACUCAGCUUCGCCACAUGAUUAUUAACGUCUGCUUUAGUGCAAUACAUCCGUGGUAUGCGGCAAAGCAUACGAAUGUUGAGAAGGCAGACGGACAGACAGAGAACAUUAAUUAGGGCCUGAGGUAUGCUACCGCUCAAGGCGGUAGAGCAGCAGGCCGCUUCCACGUCGGCACGGGCAGGCCGAGCUUCACCGCCAUGUCGUUGGCCCUCAGAACGGCCUUGAGUUGAUGUAUAAGGUCUGAGCUCCUUAGCAUGGAGCUCCAUUCCUCUUCGGUCGUGCGUUGACGACCCUGUAAUGAGGGGCAGUGCCAGAGCAUGUGAUCUAAUGUACAAGUGACACCACAAUCUGGGCAUGUUGGAUCAAGCAAGGUCUUCUAUGAAAUGGCUGUGGGAAUAAAGACUAGGGUAUGACCUGGUAUGAAGCAUGCGGACGGUAGGUGCCUGUGCUCUAGAGAGCUUCUCAUGAGGAAGGGGGAAGACCCUCCUGCCCAACUAUAAUGUUUGAUGAUCUCAUGAAAAGUGAGGAGAAUGUCCCUAAUGACCACUAGAUUGGAGUCCGAAGAUCCCCCAGGCUGCCCAGUGGGGCGAGUUAGUUCGCGCGCUCGGACGUGGGCAAUCUCAUUCAGGUUGGCCAUGGGGGCCAGAUGUGAUCCGAGGUGAGCUGGAAAGCAGGUGAUUGUGUGAGGAGAAAUAUCCCUAUGACCUAAAAUGCGAGUUACUUGAGCUGAUACCGAUCCAGACACAAAGGCACUGACCGCUGCUUGUGAGUCUGUGUAGAUAUGUUGCUUAGAAUCGUCAGGGAGAGCGAGGGCGAUAGCUACCUGCUCAGCCUUGGCAGGAAUGGCAUUCCCGAUAGAAGUGGAGUGGAGAACAGAACCUGUGUGAUCAAUCUUAACGGCCGAGAAGUUGGCAGAUCGACCGUACUGCGCCGCGGCUACGAAGCAUGCAGACUCCGGGUUCGCACUGACGUCUUUGAGCAGGGCUUCAGGGCUUCACCCCUGUCCCUCCGCGUCCCUGCAUUGUGCUGCAGUUGCACGUUGCAGGGAAAAGGAGACCGUAAUGUAAGCCCUUUACUCCUUAUUAAAAUCAUGUUUGUGUUCCUCUUGUAGAGCUGGACUACACCCUAGGGCAGCUAGGGUGCUCCUGCCCGUGGCCGAGGAGGAGAGCCUGGCCACCUGGGCCAUACGCUGUGCCUCGAUUAUCUCUUCCAACGUCUUGUGAAUACCCACUUCCAUGAGCGGGUCUGUGCUAGUACGCAAAGGGACCCCUAGCACUCUCCUGAUGCUCUUGCAGAUCAGGAGAUUGAGCUUAGCCUUUUCAUUACUCUGCCAUCAGUGCAUGGCAGCAACAUAGGUAAUGUGGCUCAUUGAAAAAGUGUGAAACAACCUUAGUAAAUUGUUCUCCCUGAGGCCACCUCGAGAGUUGGAGAUUCUAGUGAUGAGCUGAACCAUGCUUUCUGUUUUAGCUGUGAUCUUGUUGAUGGUCUGCGCAAUAGUGCCAUCAGCCUCUAUAAGCAUGCCAAGAACUCUGAUGAACUCUACCCUAGGGAUGAGAUGACCAGAGCUGGCACGAAGCUUUAUAUUGACGUCCGAGAGGGAGACCCAGCCUUUAGGUUUGGCACCCCUUCUCUUGAGUCUGUACAGCAAAAGUUCGGACUUGCUUGGAGAGAGUCAUAGUUCGGCUCCACUAAGAAAAGCCCCGGUGUAAUCCGCAGCCUGUUGGAGUGCCUCCUCUUCUUUUACCCUUGCUGCCACCUGUGCACCAGAUGGUGAUAUCGUCGGCUUAAAGGGUAUGAUGUAUGCCCUUGACUUGCAAGAGCCUCAUGGAAGGCCCACAGAGAGCAAUGUUGAAUAAUACUGGUGAGACCACCGAACCUUGUGGAGUACCUUUGGAGCCAUGUACGAGGUGUUCCGAUUCGAGAUCUCCUAUCUUAAUCGUGGCCUUUCUGUUUUUGAGGAAGGAGCUGAUGAAUGCAUGGAAUCUAUGCCCCAAACCAAAACUAGAGAUGGAUUUGAGAAUAUGCAUGUGCGAGAGAUAGUAAAAGGCUUUCUCCAGGUCAAGUCCCAGGAUUGCCCUGACAUCUCUCGGCUGAACGUCGAUAAUCUGAUUUUUGAUUAACUUCAUCAUGUCCUAGGUCGAAAGUGCCAGCCGGAAGCCGAUCGUGUUGUAUGGAAAGAGACCGUGUUCUUCAGUGUGUUUAGAACUGCGGGUGUUAAUGACGUGUUCAGCCACCUUGCCUAUACAGGAUGUAAGCAAUAUGGGCGUGAGAUUAAACAAACCCAGGCAGCGCCCCAGUUUCGGGACAAGGAGGACUGACGCCAAUUUCCACGCUUCCGGGACGGCACCCUGUUCCCACACCCUGAUAAUCUCGUCCAUGAGAGUUUGUAUGGAAGCAUCGUCCAGAUUAUGAAAGGAGCCUAUUAGAGAUCCGACCCAGGCACAGGGUCGAGCGUCCAUUCAGUCCCAUGAGGGCCUCCCUCACUUCAGCCGUGCUGAAAGGUUCGUCUAGAGGCUCCGCGUGCGAGCCCUCGUAAGGGGGGUAGUCAGUGUCGCAUGGAGAGAUCAACCGACAGGUAUUUUUGCACAAGUAUUUCGUGGUCUGAGCCUUCCAGUUUGUCCACAUGGACAAUAUUGUCAAUUGCCCCCCUUUGGUUGGAUUUCGAGUUUGAUUCAUUGAGCAGGUGCUUGAGCAAGUUCCACUUGCGGUGCAACUGAGCUACAAGCCUCGUCCCACUGUUGCCUAGAGAGCGUCUGACAGUGUUCCUCAAUCUCAUGAUUCAGCUCAGCAAUUAUUUUGCGGAGCCUACGGUUGAGCUUUUGUCCUUUCCACCUGACUAGAAAGGCAUUUUUAGCUUCGAGCAGGUGCGCUAGACGGUUGUCCAUCCUGUCAACCUUAAGGUCAGUAACUAGGAACUUGGUGGCCACAGCCACAUCCUCUUUGAGUUGUGCUACCCAGUGGUCGAAAGAUUCCGGUGACUGGCGGUCCUCAGCAACCUGCUCCCUGAUUUUGUGAUAAAGGUCCCAAUCCGUGAAUUUGAAUUCCCUUGGGGGCCUGCUCUGUACUUCCAUCAAAGUGGUGAGAAUGUAGUGAUCACUACCGAGACUUUUGUUAAGGUUGUGCCACGUUACUGACCCCGAGUUGGCCACAAAGGUGAGGUUCGGAGUGGUGCCUCUGGAGGAUAAAUUGCCAAUUCUGGCUGGGAAGGAGGGAUCAGUGAUUAGAGUGAGGUUGUGGUCCAAAGCCACCUGCCAUAGAUAUCUACCCUUUGUGGUAGUGUGGUGAUAUCCCCAACCCUGAUAUCCCCAACCCGGGGCAUUAAAGUACCCGGAAAUUAUGAGUGGGGCCCUGCCUGCCUCAUAGCAGCUUUAGUUUUAUGUCUGAUUGCAUUAAGCAGGCAAUUUUCGGCCCAAUUUUAUUUUAAAAAAAAUAAAAUAAAAGGCGCUCAUUAGAAACGGUUAAAUACCGUAAUCAAACACUGUGAGCUACAUUCAUUGCUUGAAAAUCUUACUAGGGCUGGCCAAAAAUAGGUGUUUUCAACGAGAGAUUACUUGUGUUCAAUGCAUUCACUGACCCUAUAAUCUCCACCGAAACACAUGCUGCCACUAAAGGCGUUGCUAUCGGGGUCACUAUGAUAAGGCCCUAAGGCCCAUGCAUGCUUAUUGGUCAAGUUUGAAAUAGCCGGCAAAAGCCCAUUUUAGAAUCGAAAUAAUGAAAGUUUGGGCCCAUAGAAAUGCAUGGGCACCGGCUGGGAACUUCGGCUGGGAUUGAAUCAGCCGAAAAAUCAAAUUAACCCAAGUCGAAUUAACAGAAGUCUACUGUACAAGUGUGAGCAUGACGUGCAAAUAUAUCUGCCAAGUUGAUUUCAAGUUGAAGUUUUGGCAUUGUGGAAGUGUACUGCGUCUGACCCAGAGUCACUGUAGGCUCCUUGAGUCUAAAAUCAGGCUUUCCCUGUCACAUUGCUCACCGCUGCACUUUACAUUUCUUCCGAAAUGCUGAUGCAUAUUAUAUUUUCGAAAUCUACUUUUGAAAUCUAUCUUCAAAAUUUAUAAAUUCUGCCUUUGGUGUUUGUUGCAUUAAAGGGAUUACGCUUAGGAAGUGCGCAGGCAUAUCUUAGUUUGGUAUUAAAGGUGGUCUUUACAUACAGGCCCAAGCGUUACCAAGAUCAUUGUGAUGUCAUUACACGGCAUAACUUGCCGAUAUUGUGUAGCAGUUAUGCUAGAUACAAUGAUUCUCAUGAAAGAAUGAACAAUAGGCUUGCACAAUUUCUGUUCUGGCUGCACCGCAUUUGGCAGUCUCGGCAAUCGCCUUGCUGAAACGGAGAGGAGCAUUGCACCAUGACGCAUCCACCAUCAUGGUACUGAAACCAGAAACUAAAACUGGCUUGCGAAAACAAGUGAUGCCCCUUUUCUUUUAUUUUGUUUAUUUUGAAGGGUUUAGAGAGCUUGGACCUUCCUUUAGUAUGUCAGAAUGUUGUGUCCAUACUCUACUUUAAGAUGACCUUAGUUAAAGGCCAGCUGCAACAAAACUUCACUUCGGCUAAACUGUUAUAAAUGAGCAGUGCAUACCAGUGAAGCAAUCUUGGCAAAGCCGCAGGGAUGCUAAGUGCAUAAUUUUCUUGUUGGCAACACGUGCACUUGGUGAUUGUCGCUAUAACGUGAGUCCCAGCACGGCGCCUAUCGUGGCAUGAGUGCCAGCACGUCAGCGUAGUCACAACUGACCGUUGUGACCUAACAGGUGAAAAAAAUGCACACGCGGUAAUACAUUUUCCAGAUUAUAGUCAGCCACUGACUUCUUGAAUACAGUUACAUGUCAUGCAGUUGUGUGCUGCAGUGAAUGCAGUUGCCUUGCAUUCGAAAGAAAAUGAAUGCAGUUUGGCCAGUGUUACUGGAUCUUCCUAUUGAACAGCCUACUAGCAAUGCAGUGACCUGCUUUUUUCUCUUAGCUAGAUAUAAAAAGAAUUUCACUCGCUGCUGGGCAUCUUUCCUGCUCAGAUUUAUGCAGAAGUGUCAUGUUUUAUGAUCCGAAUCAUUCAAAAUAACUUUUGACACUGUUAUACUUGCCUGCUUUGUCGAGAAAAAAAAAGAGUAAUUUUCCUUUGUCUGUGAA